CAUGAACCUUCGCUCUCGUGCUUCGGAAAUAUACAAAGUCGUUGCUCGAGGAUUAGUCCAGUGUUUACUGUCGUGGUGCGUACUGCCUCAUACGCUGCGGCCUGGACUAUAUGAGCCAGAUAAAGACCCUCGCUGUUCAGGCGUAAGCCUGAGGGAUGCAGCUGGGCCAGCCUAUUACCCAUCGAAUACUGAAUUAGAUCUAACCGCAUCAUCGUUUCUUCAUCACCGGCUCUCUGCUACAGAAACCGAGCAACGCCAGCAAUUCAUGACUCCCCCAAAGCAAUAUUCAAUAGAUGGAGAAAAAAACAUUGACACGCAAAGGGAUUUCGAUUCCCUGAAGCACGGCUAAGAGUGACGUAGCCACCUUCCACGCAAUCGCGAGUCGCGAUGUGCUCUCUCUGGAGGGGGACAUGACGCGUAUCCCACAGAACUCGGUCUCUACCUG